AUGGCCGUUCUUGCAAAGGGCGGCAGCUCCGGCUCCCGGCUGCUGCUCAUGGCGGCUAUCUGCCUCCUCGUCUUCUCCGGGGGCGCCCACGGCGGCAGCAUUGCCAUCUACUGGGGCCAGAACGGCAACGAGGGCACCCUCGGGGAGACCUGCGCGACGGGCAACUACGCCUUCGUCAACCUCGCCUUCCUCUGCAGCUUCGGCUCGGGCCUGACCCCGCAGCUCAACCUCGCCGGCCACUGCGACGCCUACUCCGGCGCCUGUGCCAACCUCACCGGCGACAUCGCGCGCUGCCAGUCCAUGGGCGUCAAGGUCAUGCUCUCCAUCGGCGGCGGCGCGGGGGGCUACUCACUCACCUCCAAGCAGGACGCGCUCGAGCUCGCGCGGUACCUCUGGGACAACUUCCUCGGCGGGAAGCCGGCGGCGCCCGGCGGCAAGAGGCCCCUCGGCGACGCCGUGCUCGACGGCGUCGACUUCGACAUCGAGGGCGGCGACCCGGACUACUACGGCGCCCUCGCGGCGUACCUCAAGUCGUACGGCCGCGGCGGCGGCGGCAGGGAGGUGCUCCUGUCGGCGGCGCCGCAGUGCCCGUUCCCGGACCAGUGGGUCGGCAAGGCGCUCGACACCGGCCUGUUCGACUACGUGUGGGUGCAGUUCUACAACAACCCGCCGUGCCAGUACGCCGGCGGGAGCGCCGCCAACCUCGUCGACGCCUGGCACCAGUGGACGGCGGGGGUGGACGCCAAGCACAUCUUCCUCGGCCUGCCGGCGUCGCCUGGCGCGGCGGGGAGCGGGUUCAUCCCGGUGGGGAGCCUCGAGUCGCAGGUGCUGCCGGCGCUGAAGACGACGAGCAAGUACGGCGGCGUGAUGCUGUGGUCCAAGUACUACGAUGAUCAGGACGGAUACAGCUCCGCCAUCAAGAACGCCGUCUGA